ACCCAAUAUGGCAAAGGUUCAGGUGAACAACGUCGUGGUGCUGGAUAAUCCUUCGCCUUUCUACAACCCCUUCCAGUUCGAAAUCACCUUCGAGUGCAUAGAGGACCUCUCCGAAGAUUUGGAAUGGAAAAUCAUCUAUGUGGGUUCAGCAGAAAGUGAGGAAUAUGAUCAAGUUUUAGAUUCAGUUUUAGUAGGCCCUGUUCCUGCAGGAAGACACAUGUUUGUAUUUCAGGCAGAUGCUCCUAAUCCAGGACUUAUUCCUGAUGCAGAUGCUGUAGGUGUAACGGUUGUCUUAAUCACCUGCACUUAUAGAGGUCAAGAAUUUAUCAGAGUUGGGUAUUAUGUAAACAAUGAAUAUACUGAAACGGAAUUGAGAGAAAACCCUCCAGUAAAGCCAGACUUUUCUAAGCUCCAGAGGAAUAUUUUGGCAUCUAAUCCCAGGGUUACAAGAUUCCAUAUUAAUUGGGAGGACAACACUGAAAAACUGACAGAUGCUGAGAGCAGCAACCCAAAUCUCCAGUCACUCCUUUCUACAGACGCCCUGCCUUCUGCCUCAAAAGGGUGGUCAACAUCUGAAAACUCGCUAAAUGUCAUGUUGGAAUCUCAUAUGGACUGCAUGUGACCCACUACCUUCUGCACUAUGUUAUUUGUUGAGCUCUAAACACACACAGUACACACAACAGAACCAUCACGGGAAACCUUUUUCUUUGGAAUUCCAUAUUAAAACAGAUGUGAAAAUCGUUUAAAAACACACACCUUGUAGAAAGUUUAUAAGGAAAAGUAUUUGAGUGGAUGUAUAAAUAAAGCUAUUUUUAAGUAA